AAGCGGCCCAAGUAUUUGUUGGUAUUUGUCAUGGAGUUGUAUGAUGAUUGCCAAUCACUCCUCAACAGGUCUCCAGUCUCGACGUACUGCUUUAUUCCCCUAGCGUGAACUUGAACAACGGUCCUUUAUGGAGCUCAACUGUGCUGCCUCCUGUUUAGAAUGCCGCGGACAUUGCCAUGGCAAGUGAAAAGUGAAUCUCGGAGGAGUGCAACGCCAGCUUCAUCCGCUUCUCGCACUUCUGCCCGCGCGUCGCGCCCUGCGACGGCCUCGGAGAAAGUCCAUGCUCCACCACGCGCCAAAAGAGCGCGAAGAGACAAUCGAUCUCCAUCUACGUCACCAGUUCGCGAGCCUCCUCCGGAAGAGUUAAUGCUCGAAGGGUUAGAAAACGAUGAAGUGUAUAUAAUGGUUGAGGAUGAAUUUCUUGCUACAGCUCAAGCCUUUACGCGUCAUCUCCAUUACGCCGAAUACGCCCGCCGCAAGAAACAAGCAAAACUUGCCAAUGAGGGGAAUCUUGCAGGAAUAUCCCGACGGACGGACGGAAAGUCAACACUGAGCAACAAAACUAAGAAGAAAAUAGAGGCCGAGGUUGCUGCAGAAAAACGUAGAGUGGCAUUGGAUGAGUUGAGGAAUGCCGCCGGCCGGCCGCUCGUUGAUUCGGAAGCGGAAGAUGUGGAUGUGAGCGAGGGAGAUAAGGACGAUGAUCCUUGGGUUGGGACGCAUCUACAGCCGCUGAUGGCCGCACCAAAGCCGUCAAGGUCGCUGGUUGGACUACAUGGUAUUAAAUCAGCGACAAAGGCUGCGCUGGGAUGUCGCGGGCCUACCUCUGGAAGAGUACAAAAAAGGAGCCCUCCGUUGAAUUUAGCUGCGAGGGGACAGGCCAGAAAUUUUCAAGAGCAAGAAAUUUCCUCGGAAGAUGAUGACUCCCUCGACAUGAGCGAUAAGACGAGGCCAAGAUCGGCCGUAACCACUCAUAAAUCGUCAGCCGCACCUUCGAGACCGACAACCAAGACUGUCUCUCGUCUCCCUCCAGUACCCUUAACUCGCGAUCCGAAUGUGCUGCCUCCAGUGAUGAAAGCUUCGACGGAACCGGGGCCAAGUCAUAGACCAGGAACAGCUUUUCCCCCACCUCGCAGUUCAAUGAUAUCUCGCCCCCCUAUAUAUCAACCCAUCAAGACACCUCAGCCUUCAAAGCAUAAGUCCAGCAUAAGCAAGUUACUGGAUGAAUUUGACGAACUAGAUGAAUCCACUACACCGAUUACGGAGGACGACCCCAGCCGGUCUGUUUCCAAAGCGAAGCCUGCGCAGGACUCGAGGUUCGAGAAACGUCGCGAUGGAGUUGACAAACUUAGGGAGCAACGCCUUCGUGAAGUCCCGACUUUUCUAUAG